AUGGCGUCCGCUAAGUCAGAGCAGAAUAAACCGUUUUACGAUGUGAAUGAUGCCGAAGCGUUGUUCGACAAUUUUGUGAAAGAGCACAAUAAGCAAUACAAGGACGACGCUGAUCGAGAAGUACAUUAUCAAGCAUUCAUUAAAUCCCUGCAUCGGAUCAAUGAACUCAAUGCAAAACAAAGUUCUGCGACGUACGGUAUAAACAAGUUCGCUGAUUAUACCGAAGAGGAGACGCGACAGAUGCGCGGAAUGGCUAAACCAAAUUAA